AUGGCUACAGAAGAUUUCAGCUUCCCCACAAUUGGGGACAAAUUCUCAUGUGGCAUCGAUUCACCACCUUUGUGGAACCUAUCUCCAAUAGCCUCCCCAAAUUCCAGACACGAAGAACCACCAAAAGGGUCUGCCAAAGAAGAAGGAAACGACUUAAAGGAUGAGAAAGAUUAUUGCUUUUGGCCAAAACCAAUCGAGUACAUAAGACAAAGAAAGAGCUUUUCACACGUAGAGACUGGUGGGAAAUUGGUGAUUAAAGAUGGAAAAGAAGAUGGCGAUCAUGAAGAGCAAAAGAUGGACAUGUUGUGGGAAAACUUCAAUGAAGAAUUAUCAAAGAAUUCUAGUUCAAGAUCCAAUACGUCUUCUAGGAUGCAAUUUGGCUGUGUUAAGGCAUUGAAAACGUCCAGCAAUGGUGUAACGCUUACAACUAAGAAGCCCGGCAUGGUUGUGAUUUUGAAGGCCUUAAAGAAGCUUUUCUUGCUCCAAAACUCCCAUGAUCGGAAGCUUCAACGGCCCCCACAUAGUCAUCAAUGA